GGAAGGAAGAGGAUUUGUAUUUGUUUACUAAACUGGUAUAAAAAUAAAAUCGUGACAAGCCGAACCCUUUUUAGUUUAUAAAUAAAGAUUUGCAUCACAAACGGAAAUUUCUAUGCAAGUACUUGCACACAGAAAAGUAUACAUCAUUAGGGGCAGUUUAACAGACAAUGAAGUUCAAAACAGUUCUUGAGGGACAAGAAGCAGUAAUCUUUAAUUACCUUGGAGAAGGCAGACUAAUCAAGGGACCUCAAAGGGUGUUUUUAUACCGGGAGAGAUUACACUACUUAAAGAAACACACAGCUGACCCAUAUCAGUAUGUUGUUGCGAAGGACAAGGACGGGCUGGUACAACACAAGCCAGGACCCUGCUUUGUUUUCAACAAUCCACUUUUGUAUGAUUCUGUGACAGUGAAGGAGAGUACUAAAAUAGAUGCUAAUCAUCUGAUUGUUGUAUACAAACGCCUGAAAGAAAGUGAUGUGCAAAGAAGAAUCGUUCAAGGUCCCACUGUGUUUGUGCCAGAGGCUGAGGAGUGGAUACACACAUUUACCUGGCAUGGAGCAGAUCCCAAUGAUAAAACACGGAUGAUCCCAGGACAUAACACUUUUCAGAAACUGGCUGUGAUUCCGGACCAAUUCUAUUAUAAUGUCAAAGAUGUAAGGACACAAGAUGACACUAUGAUUACUGUGAAACUGAUGUUAUUUUAUGAGCUGAAAGAUGUGACCAAGAUGCUGGACAGCACAACAGAUCCUAUUGCAGACAUGAUGAAUGCUGUUUGUGCAGAUGUCAUUGCAUUUGCUGGAAAAGUUUCGUUUGAAGAGUUUUUGAACCAGACACAGAUCUUGAGUGACCUUUCAACUUAUCCACAGCUGACUCAGCGAGGUGAUAAAAUUGGCUACAUCGUUCAGAAAGUUGUCUUUAGGGGAUAUCAUGCCAGUGAACAUCUGCAGAGGAUGCAAAAUGCUUCCAUUGAAUCAAGAACACAGCUUCGAUUGGAAUCAGAAAUAGAGGAACAAAAAUCCAAACUUGCAGAUUUUAAACUUUCGAAGGAACAGGAGAGAACCAAAUUGGUGCAUGAUAUGGAAAAGGCCAAGCAAGACCACAAACAAAAGAUAGCAGAACUGGAACAGCAGCACAAACUGGAACUCCGAGAGAUGGAGCACCACAAAAUGUUAGAGAUAUCUUCUCUAUUCACCAAGGCAAAGCUCGGUCUGAGUGCAGCUGAGAAGGAGUGGGAUUGUGAAUUCCUGAAGAAAUUGGGGGCCAUUAAUGUCAACUUGACAGAUUAUCUGAGAACUCAGAAUGGUCCUCCUAUAGCAGAAGAAAUCAGAGUUGUUACCACAGAAAAGAAGAAGCCCGUGGAAUCAAAUAUUUGAAAAUGUGAAGUCUGACAUCUCAUUUAAACUAUGACAAUCAUUUCAUAAAAGUUAAUAUCAUGUAUUGUCUGCCUUUCUGUGGACAGAUUGUUAAGAGAUUUUGUGAAAAAAAAUGUUUUAUUCUAUUUUGAUCAGAUUUUAAAAUUGAUAAGAUAUGAUUGAUACAAUGUCCUGAUCCCUGAUUGAUAUUUAAUUUUCAUUUUUUUUUCUUUUCUUAUUUAAACAAAAAAGUAUAAAUGACAUGUCUAUUGAUGUAUUUAUAAGAAUGGUAAGGUUUCCUAUGUCGUGGUAGAUCAGGGUAACACAUGUUCUUUUUUCAAUGAUUGUUAACAAUGCUGUUAAAAUCACAUGAUGUCACAUUAAUCUAACAUGCAAUUCGAUUUGAAAACAGAAACAAUGCAAUCUUUAUACUUCAAAAGAAAUGUUUUGUUUAGAGAUGAAAUCCAAAUGAGUGCAAUCAUUAAUAUGAAACUUAGUGUAAUGAGUUGUACAAAUGUACAAUGUUGACUGCAGAUGUCUGGGGUAGCACCCAUUCAUAUUUAUUGUCCUCUUAAAUACUUUUUAUAUAUGUGAUAUUGCUUUAUGAAUAUGCUUAUAUUCUUUUAAUCAAAUUAAACAAAUGACCACAAACAGUUUUAUAGGACCAAUUUAACAUAACCAAAUAUAGCCCACCCUUAGAGACCACCUAUAUAACUGCAUCUACAUGUACCUUUUACUGUAUAUGGGCAAUACACAUAUAAACUAUAUCAUUAAUCCUUUUUGCGCUGUACGGGGAAAUUGUCAGCAUGAUACUAUUGAUGGAAAAAAUCAGGUUUUCAAGUUUUUAAUACAAUAUUCUGAAGUAAUUGCUGUCAUCUUUGGAAUAAUUGAAUGGUUUUAUACAAAUAGGCAGUGGCGUGACUGAAGAUUGUAAAUUUGUAUCGUAGCAGAUGUAAUUGUGAUGCAAGUAUUGAAAAUGAUCAUCUUAUUUUCAUACUUUAUAGGAUAAUCUAGGGAAGUUAACAUUUUGAAAUUACAUGUAUAUCAUAAUUUGAUGACGAAAGAGGGAUAUUGUUUUGAUUUCAUUAAAUCAUGAAAAUAUAUAUCUAUCGCAUAAGGGAUGAUUUUGAAUUUCCCAAUUAAACCAUAAAAAUUAUACACAUUGCACAUUCUGCUCACUUUGCCUCUUGAAUUUGCAGCAGGUUAUGACAUUAAUUCUAGGCAUUUUAAUGUAUAUGUGUCAACUUUUUAAUGUGUUGUUUUGUCAUUUCUGAAUGAUGGGUAUAUUUAUAACUUCAUUGAGAAUGAUGCUUUCUUAAGAAAUAUUAAUACAAGGCUCAUGUUUCUGGAUCAGAGCUGAAAAUGUCCCUCAUUAUGGAAUGAUUUGAAAAUGCAUUAAAAUCGGGUGUGUAUAUCUUAUUUUUUCCUCAUAUUUUGUUAUUCAAUAUACAUGUAUUUGUUAUUUUUUUCCAAGAUUUUUUCAUAUUUGUAUCAUGUUAUAAGCACCUCUCAAUUGUCAAGCAUGCCCAGAAUGGGAUAAAUUAAGUAUAAGCCCUCUGUGUAGAUUCCUAAUCUUUCUCAUUUAUAAUGUUAUAUUUUACAAAUGUCAAUGAAACAUGUAAACUAUUAAUUUAGCUCAAUAUUGAUUUUAUAUACAAUGCAUUUUUAUGACUUUAAUGUUUUACAAAAUUAUUUAAAAUCCACAAUUUUACCGUUUAAAGCUAGGUGUCCUAAGCAAGUAAUGCCUUUUUAAAAAUAUUCUCAAUGAUGACCUUAAAUAUUUAUGUGAUAUAUAUACCAUUGUCUUUCCUGUCUGUAUCCAGUACAAAGUGAGAUUAGGAAUUUUCUUCUACAAUCUGAUUUAUAUUUGUCUUUUUAUACUGAUAUUUUCAUGUUUGUACAUGUAAAUUGUGUGUUAAAUGUUUGGGUUUUAGUUCACCUGAGAUAUAAGCUCAAGUGAGCUUUUCUGAUCCCCUGGCUCUUGGACCUUUUAAAAAAGUUAGAUAAACUCACUUUUGAUCCCAGUCUCACUCUUAUAAAAGGAGCAUAUAGCAGGACAGUAUUUUAGGAAAUUUAAUAUAAAAAUCUUCCUUCAAGACCAACAGUUCCACAAUUUGUCAUCAUUAAUCAAGCAACCUCAGGUACUGCAGAGUUCAUUUCCUUCAAAUCAUGGCCCAGGGGUAGGAUGGGGCCUCAAUAGGGUAUAAAAGUUUUAAAUUGAAAUAUAUAAUUUUUGAAAAUUUUCUAUUAAUGACCACUUAUUAGCUAUAUUAACAUGCAAGCAUUCCAUUGUAGUGCAGAUUCAUAUUUGUAUAAGGUUGACUAGCUUAAAUAAGGAAUCAAGAAAAUUUGAAGAAAAUAAGUAUUUUACACUAGUGGGUGGGGCACACAAAAUUUUAUCAAUAUGAAAAUGUUCUGAAUUCAGGGUUUUUUCGUGGACCCUUAAGUUAGGAAGGGCUGAAAUCAGGGAUCAAAUUCUACAUGGUACAUAAAUAUAGGGGAAAAUCUUUUCAAAAAUUCUAAUCUCUGGUAGUCAUAUUGAAUUUUGAGACAUCUCCAUGUUAUUUGUAUUCAAGUUAAGUCAAAACCCCAUGGGGCUAGGUUGGAAUUGAAAUUUAUCAUGGGAUUAAAGAGGGGAAGGCCCGGGUGACUUGUGUGAGCAUUGUGGCCCAUGGGCCUCUUGUUUCUUAUCAAUAAAACACUUCACAAAACGUGUAUAUUCUUAUACAAAUGUACACGUACUAUAUAUAAUGCAUGCGUUUUACUUAUUGGAUAUAUAUGAAAUAUCUACUUCGUUUCAUGUACAUGUAACAUGUUAUUGUUCAUUUGUUGGAAACAUUAAAAACAAACUAAUAAUAAAAUUGUAAGAUGUAA